AUGCAGCAGUUGGUUAUACCAUUUUUACAAUCAUCAAUGAUAUGUUUGUCCAUUUUAAAAACAAUUCAAUUUUUAAAAGAUAAAAAUAUAGUUUCAAGCGAAAUAUCGAGAAAAAUGAUACACACAGCUAUAGGUAUGGUUUAUACAAUAUCAUGGAGGUUAUAUCCAGAUAGUUAUUAUUCAAGAUUUAUAAUGGGUAUGGUUCCUGCAGUUUUUGCAUUUCAGUUUUCAUUAAUCGGCUUAGGAAUUAUUCAUGACCCCAAAACUGUUAAUUCAAUGUCAAGAUCAGGCAAACCAAGUGAGCUAUUAAAAGGACCAGUUGCAUAUGGCUUAUUAAUUGCAAUUCUAACAAUGUAUUAUUGGUUUGACUCUCCAAUUGGUUUAAUUUCAAUAUUAAUUUUAUCAAUAGGUGAUGGUUGUUCUGCAAUCACUGGUAUUUUAUAUGGUAAAAGAAGAUUGCCAUACAAUAGAAGUAAAACCUAUGUUGGAACCACAGGAUUCUUUAUUUGUUCAUUUAUAGGUACAUAUAUCAUUUUAAAUAUUUUAAGUAGUUUUUUAGUCACACCAGUUGUUUCAAUAGUUCCAUCUCUUUUUAUAACAUGUAUGGUUUCAGCAUUUGUCGAAUCAUUACCAUUUUUUGCUGAAUGGGAUAAUGUCACUGUAACUUUAGCAAGUAUUUUAACAUUAAAAACAUUAGGAUGGUAA